GAACACCCCAUGUCUCUUCGUUACUUUGUGCAUCAAUGCAAACUUCCCACAGUCACCUGGACGCCCCCUUGCUCUUUCUCACUUUGUACAGCAAGGCAAACUUCCCACUGGGACUUGAACGCCCCCUGACUCCUCGUUACUUUUUAGACCAAAGCAAACUUCCCACUGACACGCGAAUGCCCCCUGGCUCCUUGUUACUUUGUACACCAACGCAGCGUUGACUUCCUUGUGUUUGCAGACCACGUGACAGUUUCACCGAUCCGGUGUGAAGACCCAGCGGGAGGUACGGAGAUGACGCAGGUGACCACCGAACCGUUCGGGGACGUCGACGAGGGUUCCGUGGAGAAGUGGGUCCUGCGGUCCUCCCUCGUCACGGUGGAAGUCCUCACCCUCGGUUGCAUCAUCAGAUCGAUCCGUUGCUCGGACAGGAAGGGAAGGGUGGAUGACGUGGUCCAGGGGUACGACCACCUGGAAGGUACAUGACAGGAAGGGACGGCGGGAUGACUCGGUGCAGGGGUACGACCACCUGGGAGGCUACGUCUCCGACCGGCGGUACUUCGGCGCGCUGGUGGGCCGCGUGGCCAACAGGAUCGCCGGGGGGCGAUUCGUGGUGGACGGGGUGGAGUAUCAGCUGGCCGUCAACAACGGGCCCAACGCCCUGCACGGCGGGCUCAGGGGCUUCAACAAGGCCGUCUGGCGGGCAGAGAGGGUUGAAGACGGCGUGUGUUUGAGGCACACCAGUCCAGACGGAGAUCAGGGCUACCCAGGAGAAGUGCAGGUCGCUGUUACCUACACCCUGAAGGGAGGAUGGCUGAGGAGCCGGUACCAGGCCAGCGCCUCCAGAACCAGCCCCAUCAACCUCACCAACCACUCGUACUUCAACCUGGCGGGCCAGGCCGUAGAAAACGUCUAUGACCACGAGGUGUCCAUCCAGGCCCAGUCCUACCUGCCUGUGGACGGGACCUCCAUUCCUACAGGUGAGGUAAGAGCUGUGGAGGGCUCACCCUUUGACCUCCGGAAGCCAUAUCUGAUUGGCUCUCUGCUCAAGCCCCUCCCAGGCCCAGGGUUCGAUCACAACUUCUGUUUAGCCUCUCCAGGGGACCCAUGGGCCCUCAGACCCGCUGCCAGGGUGUGUCAUCCAGAGAGUGGGCGUGUCCUGGAGGUUUCCACCAGCCAACCAGGUGUCCAGUUCUACACGGCAAACUUCCUGGAUGGCUCUGUGGUGGGGAAGGGAGGUUCCCGCUACGCCAAACACAGCUCCUUCUGCCUGGAGACGCAGAGCUGGCCUGACGCCAUCAACAAGCCCUCCUUCCCCUCAUGUAUGCUGCGUCCCGGGGAGGAGUAUCUCCACGAGACCACCUUCAGCUUCUCCACCGUCUGAACCAGACGACCUCCGACCUUUGACCUGACUCCUGACCUCGACCUGGGCGACCUCCAGAGUCUCCAUCAGUGACCUGGAGACAUCUUGGUUUUCUCCUCAGUACUAAAUCAUCAUAAACAAGAUUUUCAAGUUGACCGGCAUUAUGACAGUCUAUACGUAUAUCUGAAGUUGAUUUGCAUCGUCUCAACAUUCAUGUCCUAUUUUAUAUACAUUUUACAUUAUUGAGAAAUUAUUAAGUUAUAUGCAUAAUGUAAUGUAAUUAUUUAUAUUUUCUCCAGGGCUGCUGCACCCCCUAUAUCCCUCUACAUUUGGCGAGCCAGCCAUUAGUGUUCUAACUCUACCGAUAACACGACAGAGAGCAGGGACCUCUGUAAAGGGUUAGAGAUAUGGCCGAGUCGAUGGGACAGAGGUCAAAUGGGAAGGACUCUAUGUAGUGUGAAUAUGGUAAGAGUAGGCAGGAGGGAAUGAGUCGAUUUGUAUCUUAAUUCCUGGUAGGUAUAAUUGUAAGUAUACAGUGUAAUGUAUAAUAAAAUGGAGAACAUGUUUUAUUCAAUUCUUCAUUAUAUCAUGUAUUGACGGAAAUAUUCAGCGAUAGGGUCAGAGAGAUUGCCCACUGGCCCCUCCCGCCUGUGGGCACUAUCACCCUUUGAUAUCAAACUAUCAUACCGGCAUGUAGCCCUAUUCUAGUAGUACCCCCAAAUGAAAUUAUUAACCCCAAAGAAUCAUAUCACCCUUUAAAAUAAUCACUGAAGGACUUUACUGGAAUUCUUGGUACCGGAAUCCUAUAGCUGUACAAGUAGGUGAACAAGUAGCCGUCCAUCACAAGUGAACAGGUUCUAAAUGAGGCCAUAUCACCGAUGGUUUAUAUUUUGGUCCUAUUUUUUCGAAGAGGGAGAAAUGUCAGUAGGUGCUACAUUGUCGUGUUACCGUUACUGUAGAAUAUACCAAUUCAACAGCUAGAAUAAGAAUAAUAGAAUAACCUUUAUUGUCAUUGCACAAGACCCAAAUUUUGUUUGAGCAGUCCUCCAGUUGCACAGUUAUAUAAAUAUAAAUAUGAGAUAAUCUAUAAAACUAUAUCAACAAUAACGGCAAUAUA